GCCAGCGUUGCCAUCUGCUUGGGCCCAACCCCCCCCCAAGGGAGAAUUCAUUUGCAUGAACGCACAAUACCAUCGCACUGUACACGUUCCCAUGGGUUGAGCAUGCAAUGUUUCUCUUCUUCUCUUCUACCUGUCGACGUGAGCACAAAGCUCAGGCAGGAAGCGGAGGGGCUGCAGGCAGGAAGUGGAGGGGCUUCACACAGGCUGCAACUGCAAGGAACCUGCCCCCGAAAUAACAGCUCGCAUCACUUCCUCUCCAGACACAGAGCGUGGUGUUCGGAGAGACGGCCGGAGGCUACAGCGCGCGUCCUGCAGAGCGAGAGGCGCAGGAGUACCCCGAUGAGACAGCGGGCGUCCGAGGGGACACGCGGCGAGGAGCUACCAUGGAUACGGAUCAGAACCAGACAGAGAGCGGAGUGUUCCAGGAGCUGGUCCCGCGGGAGUACCGGCUGGCCGGCCUGGUGUUCUACAGCUUCAUCUUCAUCAUCGGCAUCGUGGUCAACCUGACCGCGCUCUGGGUCUUCAGCAUGACCACCAAGAAGCGGAACUCGGUCACCAUCUACAUGAUCAACGUGGCCGUGGUGGACCUGAUCUUCAUCCUGCUGCUGCCCUUCCGCAUGGCGUACUACGGGCUGGACCGCUGGCCCUUCGGCGACGCGUUCUGCCGCGUCAGCGCCGCGCUGACCAUCUUCUACCCCUGCAUGGCGCUGUGGCUGUUCGCCCUGAUCAGCGCCGACCGCUACGUGGCCAUCGUGCAGCCGCGGCACAGCAAGGAGCUGAAGAACGUGCGCAAGGCCGUCGUGUCCUGCGUGGGCGUCUGGGUCAUGUGCCUGGGCAGCGCCGCGCCCCUCCUCUUCGCCGCCGACGACCCGGACCGCGCCGCCAACUUCACCACCUGCGCCAAGACGCGCGACAUCGAGCACCUGCGGCACAACAACCCGGUGAACUUCGUGCGGCUGGUGUGCUUCUUCCUGGUGCCCCUGUGCAUCAUGGUGGUGUGCUACGCGGUCAUCGUGCACAGCCUGGCGCGCGGACGCACCUCGCGGCUCAAGCCCAAGGUCAAGCGCAAGUCCGUGCGCAUCAUCGUGGCGCUCACCGUGCAGGUGCUGCUCUGCUUCCUGCCCUUCCACAUCUGCUUCCUGGCGCAGCUCCUGGGCGCCGAGGGGCGGGGCUACAGCGCCUGGGCCGCCUUCACCACCUUCAUGAUGACGCUGAGCACGGUGCUGGACGUCAUCCUCUACUACAUCGUGUCCAAGCAGUUCCAGGACCGCGUCAUCAGCGUCAUCCUCUACAGGAACUACCUGCGCAGCGUCCGCCGCAAGAGCGUGCGCACGGGCAGCGUGCGGUCGCUAAGCAACCUCGCCAGCGGCGUCAUCUGAGCCUCGCCCCCAGCCAAUCAGCGGCCCCCGCCCGAGCCAUCCGACCCACCGCCAAAACGCCCGCGCGGUCACGGCAGAGGCACUGGGCCUCCUGUAUUUGUAGCACUUUAUAUGGCGCGUACGUAUUUAAUCGCUUAAUUAUGCAUCCGCACGAGCGAAUUAGCCAACUGAUCUGAGCCUAUAAUUGCACACCCCCGUUAAGAGGACCGGACUGUGAAUCUGACCAGGACACUGGGGAGCCAGUGGGUUUCCUCCGGGUACUCCGGUUUUCUCCCACAGUCCAAAGACAUGCAGGUAAGGCUAAUUGGAGACUCUAAAUUGCCCAUAGGUAUGAGCGUGUGAGUGAAUGGUGUGUGUGCCCUGCGAUAGAUUGGCGGCCUGUCCAGGGUGUAUUCCUGCCUCUCGCCCAAUGCACGCUGGGACAGGCUCCAGCAACCCCUGUGACCCUGCUGAGGAUAAGCGGGUAUAGAUAACAGAUGGACGGAUGGAUGGACUGGGGAGCCACACACUCGGAGUGUUAAGUGAUAUCAGGACAAUAUCAGUGAGUGGGGUGAGUGUGCAGGCCAGGACACGGUACAGACUGGGACAGGCCAGGACACGGUACAGACUGGGACAGGCCAGGACACGGUACAGACUGGGACAGGCCAGGACACGGUACAGACUGGGACAGGGUGUUAAAAGUGAGGACUCACGGUCCCGAUGGCAGGACUUCCACCCCCAGAUGAAAGACAUGGUACAGGGCCUCAGCCAGCAGGACGUCCACCAGCGCCGAGAGGACCCAGGUUCCCAGCAGAAAGGACUGCAGAGAGAGAGCAGGUCAGAACCCAAGCAAGGCCUUCAAAACGGACCGUCCUUUAGUGAUCACAGGCAGUGUUCGCACGAUUUAGGAAAAAGCUUUCAUUCUCAACUGCCAAUGUAGGUACCGGUGCAUUCUUCUGUUUUAAAGUCACACUUUUCCAAUUAGAAAUUCUUAGUUUUCAUCUGCAAAUCAUUAGUCCAUAAUCUGUUAUGUGUAAGGGUGAAUUAUUGAAUGUGAAUAAUCUAUUUUUAAGAUACAAACUAUUGUAUGUAUACUGUAUGACUAAACAACAAGGGCAAAUUAAUAAAAACCUGAUGGUACUUUCCAUUGAAAAGUAAUAGUUCAGUAGCCAGCUCAUUAAAUGUGAAUGAAACUAGCCUAACACAGUGUUGCAAUUAAUGAGUAAGUAAAAUUGUGCUCACAGAAACUGUUUAUAUAGCCUGCAAUCCAGUCUUCCAACAGAAAGACUGCAGUACAACCUCUUCUUUAUCCACCAUUAAAAACCAUCAAGUUUAGUUUGCUAUACUCUUCAAUAAAUCUCACUAUUACUAGUUAUUACUAAUAAAAGCAUUCACUGUACUGGCGCUCGCCUGGAAAUUAAAAAUUCGAAAGAGAAUCAUGAAUGUACAGAUUCGUGUUUGCACAUAAAAAUGAUUUUAUAUGUUGCAAAAAUGUGUGGUUUCCCAACCAGACACUAAAAACAAGCUCAGAGACAAGUGGCAAACCAAGCCACUUCAUUUGUACUGCACUGUCAAUAUUUCAAUGUGAAUAUUUUUUAAUUUCUUCUGUACUCAGAUAAUAAAAAGGAUAUUUGUUUUA